UUAUAGGUUUUGCUUUUAAUUUCCUCUUCUUCUCCGGAGCCUGAUCCCCAAACACACCAUGUCACCAACUCUUUAAGCUCCUGCACUUCCGUAUUCCUGUUCAACCAAAUUCCAACAGGGACAGUGAGAGAUAGAGACCAAAGAUGACGGAGGCAGCGAUAAGGAAGAAGCCUGGGAUGGCGAGCGUGAAGGACAUGCCGAUCCUCCAAGACGGGCCGCCUCCGGGUGGGUUCCCACCUGUCCGAUACGCCCGUCGGAUACCCAACAAGGGCCCCAGCGCCGUGGCCAUUUUCUUCGCCGCUUUCGGUGCAUUCUCCUGGGGCAUGUACCAGGUCGGCAAGGGAAACAAGAUCCGUAGGGCGCUUAAGGAAGAGAAAUAUGCUGCCCGAAGAGCAAUACUUCCUGUUCUUCAAGCUGAAGAAGACGAAAGAUUUGUCUCAGAGUGGAAGAAGUAUCUUGAGUACGAGGCUGAAGUAAUGAAGGACGUGCCCGGUUGGAAAGUUGGUGCAAAUGUAUACAACUCUGGAAAAUGGGUGCCUCCAGCAACUGGUGAACUCCGACCUGAUGUCUGGUGAUAUCCUCUUCUGACUGCAGUUAUUUUUGUGCUUGAUGUUUAAUCGUCAAGAGUUGGUUCUUUUCUAUUCAAGAAUUUUCUUAUGUUGCUCAUUGUCGGCUCUGGUGAAAUAAAAAUGUAUUUGGAACUUUGUUUUACAUGCAAUCGCAUACGACAGUUAAUGUUAAUUAUUAUCACAUGUUGCUGUCUA